AUGAUCUUAUCUAGAGUUUUCCUGCUGCUACUGCUUCCCUCCCAGUGUGGUGCCACGGGAGCAGUGGUAGCACUCACAGAGGAGAGAGGAAGAGAUCUAGGGCUGCUUUGCAGAUACUGGUUCUGGCACACGUGCCAUGCAGUUGUCAUUGCUGCUCUAGAAAGAACGGGACACUGGUGUCCAGAAGAUAUUGCCUUUCCACUUGGAUUUCCUUGAGGUGCAGCUACAGCAGUGUAUCAGAUUGAAGGAGGCUGGAAUGCAGAUGGAAAAGGCCUUAAUGGCUGGGACACAUUCACCCAUCAGGGAGGAGAUCGAGUUUUCAAGAACCAGACUGGUGAUGUAGCUUGUGGCAGCUACACUCUGUGGGAGGAAGAUUUGAAAUGUAUCAAACAGCUUGGAUUGACUCAUUAUCGCUUUUCUCUUUCCUGGUCACGUCUGUUACCUGAUGGGACGACAGGUUUCAUCAACCAGAAAGGAAUCAGUUAUUACAAACUCAUUAAUGACUUUCUGGCAAAUGGUGUUCUGUCCAUGGUCACAGUGUACUACUUUGACUUACCUCAGCCCUUAGAAGAUGAAAAUGUGUCUGUAGCUGUGAAGAUAGAUUGGGUAGAACCUCUGGAUCCAAAAUUUGUGAGAAGACAAGAAAUAACUAAGAAGUCCCUGUCCUUUAGACUAGUUUAUGAGAACGAUAUUUACAGGUAUCCAGGUACCCAGGAUACGUAUAAUAACCCUAUAAUUUACAUCACUGAAAAUGGGUUUUCCCAAAGUGACCCUGCUCUGCUUGAUGACUGUCAACGAUGGCAGUAUUUGAGCCUGAUUUUACAGGAAAUUUUAAAAGGUACCAUUUAA